GUGGCGUAUUCAACAUUUCCUGUAUUUUGCAAUGAACUGCGUAACUGCUCCUAAGGCGAAUUGGCGCUGUUCGUCGCCUAUUUCCUUCUACUCCGAUUCCACUAAAUUUUACAAUCGGAGCAGCAUCCGAUUCUAUGCCGGAAAUCGGAACUCUAACAGAAUCAGGUGCAACCUGAAAGAUACCGGCAGCAGCAGUCAACCGGAAACAAGUACCGGAAUCCAGUUAUACAGAGAUAUUGAGAGAUUACUUACAGAGACAGUGAAGCAAUCUCAAGAUUGGGGAAGUUCACAGGACUGGGAUGAAAUUGAGGGAGCAUGGGUAUUGCAACCAAAAACCUCAAAGCCUAAGUUAGUCGUACAUUUUGUUGGAGGUGUUUUUGUUGGGGCUGCUCCACAGCUUUCUUACCGCCUGUUCCUUGAGCGGCUCAGACAAAAGGAUGUCUUGGUGAUUGCUACACCUUACGCUAGUGGAUUUGACCAUUUCUACAUUGCAGAUGAAGUGCAGUUUAAGUUUGAUAGGUGCCUCAGAUCUCUCCAAGAAAGAGUACAAGACGUUCCUGUAUUUGGCAUUGGGCACUCUUUAGGAUCUGUAAUUCACCUUUUGAUUGGAGCAAGAUAUGCUGUGAAAAGAAGCGGGAAUGUAUUGAUGGCUUUCAACAACAAGGAUGCCAGCCUUGCAAUGCCGUUGUUUUCAUCUGUUCUUGUUCCAGUGAUGCAAAACUUUGGACCAGUUUUAUCGCAGAUCGCGUCAUCACCAACCAUUCGUCUUGGGGCGGAGAUGACUAUGAAGCAAAUAGAGAACCUUAGCCCCUCAAUCUUGAAGCAAAUUUUUCCUCUGGUUGAGCAACUGACUCCUCUAUACACGGACUUGGUUAAUGGAAAAGAAAAUUUCACUCCAAGACCAGAAGAAACUCAAAGACUGAUAAGAGCAUAUUAUGGGAUUUCAAGGAAUCUCCUAGUAAAGUUCAAAGAUGAUACAAUCGACGAAACUUCAACACUAGCUCAGGUGCUCAGCUCAGGUUCUGCCAUCAGCUCAAUGCUGGAUAUGUCUAUCCGCACUCUUCCUGGAGACCAUGUGCUUCCUCUACAGCAGGCUCUACCAGACGUUCCUCCAGGAAUGACUGACGCUGUUAAUAGGAGCAGUGAGCUAUUGGCGAAUUUUACUGCAGGAACUCCAUGGGAAAACGUCACGAAGGAAGUCGGCAAUACACUUGGUAAUGUAGACUCUAUAAUUCUUAACUCUGGGAAUUCAAAGGACUUGGAUAUGCUUGUGGAGACAAUAACAUCAUGGAUGUACUCUAAUACAGGCCCAAGACUUCUAAAGUGAUUUGCUAAAAUGUAUGUAUAUGAACCUUCCUAUAUGGUUCUGUAAUUUGUAAUGAUUGUAUAUACUUGAUUGAUAUUUGUCAAUGUUAGAGAAACAUGGUCAUUCUUAUGUAUAAUGUGAAUGUAUACUUCUCGGGUUUUGGUAUUAAAAAAAGGUCAAUUAUUUG